UCAUUGUAUGCGAAAGCUAGCUCGACUUUGAGGCUAUCUUGAGUAUUGGAGGGCUCCGUUUCAAAUAUAUUAGCUGUUGACUUUCCAGAUCAAGUCAAGUAGUGGGAGGAGGUUCGACUUUACCCAGAAGAUCUUGAUCGGUAGGGUUAUGGCGCAUCUCAGACGAGACAUCGAUCUCGGCGAGGUCACCUAUCCAAUCAUAGCUUUCCGCUGCGAUCCUCCCAUCCCUUACUCCUUUAUUCCACGCCAUUUGGAAGAGCUGCACCCCUUUACUCCUCCCUUGGUACGCGUUCGGAAUGAACUUGUGCUUGACAGCGAUAUCACGAGUCCGUUUAUCUAUGCAGUCAUCGCACCACCGAGGAUGGGUGAUCGUAAUCCCCUGUAUUGCAAAGACAGAACCCACCAGAUCGUAUCCCGAAUUCUUAUGCUUGACGCCAGGCACGUCUAUCUCCCCCUCAUAGUCAUGUCCGCAAGCCCAGUGUUUGGCGCCAUCUUGGGGAUUAGCUGCUCGGUGCCAGAAGCUGCAGUCGUGACAGAGACCGGCUGUUCUUUGUUUAGUUCAUUCCCAGUUCUAAAGGGAUGGGAAGGUGCAAUCCACUCACGAUUUAGUAUCUUGGUUGUCUCGGGAUCAGUCUGAUCUUUCUGAAGCCACCUUUCUUCUAUCACCCCUUGGGGAUUCCCAGGGUAUUCGUGCCCGCAUUCCACGAACGUGUACCGCAUUUUCUGAAGGUGAUGCGUACGGAUUCUGAUGAGAUGAGAUGCGGUACGAAUUGGUUAUUUCUACGCGUUGCCUUGGGUUUUCUCGCGUCGCUUGUUGCUGCUUUCAUGCCGCGAGGCACAGUGAAUAUGAACACCGGAUGCGUCCUUAGUGUCUGGACUGUCCUAAUUUCUUCCUUCCUCCUUCUUCAUUAUGCAUUGCAAAAUCCAACUUCAACCUUUAUCAACUUCCUUUACGUUCCUUGUGACCAGCGUAAACGCUGUCGCCGGGUAAAUCCUUCAUCAGCUGAGCCAAAGCUCAACAACAGGAGAG